AUGAAUAGCGAUGUUCGUGCCUGGGCCAAAUGUUGUGUGAGAUGUCAGAAGACCAAAGUUUAUCGUCGCACAGUAACACCGUUGGGUACUUUUGCAACUUCAGAUAUCAGGUUUGAUCAUGUACACAUUGACUUGGUUGGGCCACUUCCACCAGCAGAUGGUAAUACUUAUCUACUUACCUGCAUUGAUCGCUUUACCAGAUGGCCAGAAGCCAUUCCAAUUCCUAACAUCACUGCAGAAACAGUUGCCAAGGCUUUUGUAGGAGGUUGGAUAUCGAUGUUCGGUGCACCUUCAAUGAUUACUACUGAUCGUGGUCGCCAGUUUGAGUCUGCAUUGUUUGAUUUAGUACGAAAACCCCUUGAGUCCCCUUAUACAGGGCCUUUCAAGGUAUUGCGCAGAACUGACAAGUAUUAUGUUCAUGUUGCUGUAAAAGAGGACACAGUUAGUCUUGAUCGAAUUAAAGUUGCUUACCUCGAUGCAGACGUUGAUAGUUGUAUUGUACCCGAAGUCGGUGUUAAACACACGUCGACCACGUUGGAUGGUAAUAACAAACCACCAAAAGUUGCCAGUAACACCGCAGUUGCGACAUCACUCGAACGCGACAUGUUCAUUUGCCAAAGAAUUUCGAGCAAUUGGACAAUGAACUGUUAUGAUCGUGAUCAAGCACUUGCAAUUGAUGAGGAAGGUCUUCUGUGUCAGAGCAGAGAACAACAAUCAUGGCAAGGAACAAGAUCAAACAAGGGUGUUUGUAAACGAGGUAAAUACUACUUUGAAGCAACAGUGACUGAUGAAGGUUUAUGUCGAGUUGGAUGGUCAACAUCUGAAGCUAAAUUACAACUUGGCACUGAUAUGCAUGGAUUUGGCUAUGGAGGAACUGCCAAAAAAUCAUUUGGAAAACAAUUUGAUGAUUAUGGAGAGAAAUAUGGAAUAAAUGACACAAUUGGAUGCUACUUGGAUCUUGAUGAAUAUUCAAUAUACUUUUCCAAAAAUGGUGUGGAUUUAGGAUUGGCAUAUCUAAUUCCUGGCAACAUGAGAAACUCUGUUUUUUAUGCAGCUGUUGUACUAAAAAAUGCAGAAAUGAAGUUUAAUUUCAUUCAAACCAAAUUUAAGUAUCAACCAGGGUAUGGCUUCAAAAGUUUGGAUCAGGCUCCUACAGACUGUGUUGUAAGGUCUCCUAAUGUUGGUACUGGAGGAGUAGCAUCUUUUGGUAAACCAGCUCCAAAUGCACCACAAGCAAUCAUUAUUGAGCCAUCAAGAGAAUUAGCUGAACAGACCUUAGACCAGAUUACACUAUUCAAGAAAUAUGUUGGAGCACCAUGCCCACGAGAACUACUUCUGAUUGGAGGACAACCUGCCAAGGAACAGAUUCAAGCUCUACAUAUGGGGGUUGACAUUGUUGUUGGUACCCCAGGUAGAUUGGAUGACUUCAUAAGCACAGGGAAGAUAAUAUUAGACCAGGUGAGGUUGUUCAUUCUGGAUGAAGCUGAUGGGUUGUUGUCUACAGGUAAUGGAGAUCUAAUUAACAGAAUCUGGCAGAAAAUUCCCAAGAUAUCAGCUGAUGGAAGAAGACUACAAAUGAUAGUAUGUUCUGCCACUCUGCAUUCUUUUGAAGUCAAGAAACUUGCUGAAAAAAUAAUGCACUUUCCAACUUGGGUAGAUCUGAAAGGAAAAGAUAGUGUCCCAGAGACAGUACACCAUGUAGUAUGUUAUAUCUUCAUAAAGUUUUCUUAUGAAUAUUGA